AUGUCGAAAAGAAGGUUAGGAAGGUUGGCAAAGAUGACGGAAGAUCAGAAAAUUCUUUACUUGGAGAAGCAGAGGUUGGCUGAGGAGGAAAUGAGACGAGAUAAAGAGGAAUUAUUGGCUCAAUAUUUGAAAAACAAAAUGGCAAAAGAGGAAAAAAUGAGCCAAGAAAAUUGGUACAAGUUAAAUCAACAAUGGCGUGAAAUUCUACGAGGAACAAAGAGUAAAGAACUGAAAAAGGAAAUUGAAAUCUUAAGCCAGGUUUUUGAAAGGGCGGUUGACAUUAAGAGCAGUGCUUUGCAGACUGUCCUCAAGGAUUUGGCCGAAGCUGAAGAGCAAUUUCUAAUGGCGAAACGAAGUCAUAUGCACAAUGUGGAUAAGUUGCUUGACUUCCAGAGAAGGCACAUGAACCAGAUGGACACGGAUUACAAGGACCAGGUGGAGUCCUUGAAACAAGAGUUUGAGUCAGAAAAAGCACUCCUAACCGAACAACAUAGGCAAAAAGUGAUAAGAUUAGAAGGGUUGAUAUUUGCAAUGGAGGAUAACUUUUUUGAGAAAGAAGAGGAAGAGAAAGCUGAAUUUCAAAGCAACAUGGAUGAACUAAAAAAUAGGAACUUGGAAGACAUCCACUCGUUGAGAUUGAGGCAGGAGCUUCUACUGGAAAGCCUCUGGAAUAAGUUCCUAGCGGCCUGCAAGUACUACCAUGACGCUACUGAGGACCGGAAGAAAAGUUUCGAUGAAUUGAAGGAAAAGGAUGACAAAAAUGCUGGCGAGAUGGAAGCGCAGGCCAAAAAAAUUGAAAAUCUACAGGUUAAGAACUGCACCACCAUCAUCAUAAUCAUCACCGUCAAAAUUUUUUCCGCGAAAAAAAAACCUAAACAGGAAAAGGAAAUGUUGGCGAGUAGUCUGUACUGCCUGAAGAAGGCACUGGUCGAGACACAGAUGAUCGAGAAGGACAGGUUGGCCAAGUUGGUGGUAGUGGUCAGCGAAGUCCAGAAGAGGAUGAAGAGGACUAUAGAACAGGGUGAACAUCUUUUGAAGGCCGCCGAAAGGUGCAGGAGGUUGGAGAGUGAGGGUGAGAAAAUUCUUCCCUUCUACCAAUCGACCCUGGACGAUUCUGACCUGAAUAGAAUUGAAGAGAUCAUGAAGGAAGAGGCAGAAGAGAGAUUGACGAAACUGAUGCACUCCUACACAAACCUCGACAACUUCUGGAAGCGUUUCAACAAAGUAGCAGUUGAAAAGUCAGCGCUAGAAAAAGAAAUCGGCCAUUUGACGGAAAUUAACCAAGCCCUUAAAAGGCACAUAAAAUGCGAAAUAAAGGAACAUUUUUCCACCCCUGACCUCAAACAGCUGAUGAAAAACAUGGAGGGUGGAGGUCAAGAGGGUAAAGAAAAAUCUGUGGACUGUGGGCUACCAGAGUUGAAAAUAGUUGCUAAGACAAUUGAAGAUACGUGA